AUGUCUCUGUCAAUCGAAGAGCUCGACGCCACAGUGCGCGCCUUCUACGAGGGUCGCGGCGACACACAAAAGCAAGCUCAGGCUACGCUGAACCAGUUCAAAGAGAACCCCGACGCAUGGCUCCUAGUCGACAAGAUCCUAUCCGAUGCGCAAUACCCGCAGACCAAGUAUCUCGGACUACAGGUUCUCGACAAUGUUAUCAUGACGAGGUGGAAGGUACUGCCUCGCGACCAGUGUCAAGGUAUCCGAAACUUCAUCGUGAACUUCAUCAUCCAGCUAUCCAACAACGACGAAAGCCGCCGCACCGAGCGUACCCUUCUAAACAAGCUCAACCUCGUCCUCGUCUCCGUCCUGAAGCAGGAGUGGCCCCACAACUGGCCAACUUUCAUCAACGAGAUUAUAUCAUCGUGCCAUAGCAGUUUAGGGAUAUGCGAGAACAACAUGGUCAUCCUGCGACUCCUGUCCGAGGAGGUCUUCGACUACUCAGAGGAGCAGAUGACUUCGGCCAAGCGAAAGGAACUCAAGCAAAGCAUGUGCGACGAGUUCACAGCCAUCUACCAGCUCUGCUCAGAGGUCCUGCGCACAGCCACCGAGGCUGCUCUCAUCAAGGCGACUCUCGAAACCUUGCUGCGCUUCCUGAACUGGAUCCCUCUGGGGUACAUCUUCGAGACACCACCGAGUGGCCAGAGCCUUAUUGAAACUUUGCGGAGUCGAUUCCUCGAAGUUCCUGACUUCCGCAACAUUACCCUCAAAUGCUUGACCGAGAUCGCUGGCCUGCACACCGAACCCGCAUACGACGACAAGCUCGUCCAGAUGUUCACCGAGACACUAACUGCCAUCUCCAAGAUCAUCCCCCUCUCACUGGACUUGAAGAGUACAUAUUCUUCUAGCAAUGGCCGGGACCAGGAGUUCGUCCUGAAUCUCGCGCUCUUCCUGACAAACUUCUUCACCAUGCAUCUGAACGUCAUCGAGAACCUUAUGAACAGGGACUUCCUUACGCAUGGCCACUUCUACCUUAUUCGCAUAAGCCAAAUCGACGAUCGUGAAGUCUUCAAAAUCUGCCUGGAAUACUGGACCAAGCUCGUCUCAGAGCUAUACGACGAGAUGCAGGCGCUCCCAAUAACCGACAUGAACCCUCUUCUGAACAUGGGUAUCCCUGGCAACGGAGCUCGCGAGCUGGCCAACUAUCCUCUGCGAAAGAACAAGUACACUGAAAUUCUUUCAAACCUCCGAACAGUCAUGAUUGAGAAGAUGGUCAGGCCCGAGGAAGUUCUCAUCGUCGAGAACGACGAGGGCGAGAUCGUCCGUGAAUUCGUGAAGGAGAGCGACACAAUUCAACUGUACAAGUCUACUCGAGAAUGCCUCGUCUUCCUUACUCACUUGGAUGUUAACGACACCGAGCAAAUCAUGUCGGAGAAGCUGGCUCGCCAGGUCGAUGGUUCAGAGUGGUCAUGGGCCAACUGCAAUACCCUCUGUUGGGCUAUCGGUUCCAUCUCUGGCGCCAUGAACGAGGAGACAGAGAAGCGCUUCCUGGUCACUGUAAUCAAGGACUUGCUUGGAUUGACCGAAAUGAAGCGAGGAAAGGACAACAAAGCUGUCGUGGCCAGUAACAUUAUGUAUAUUGUCGGUCAAUAUCCUCGAUUCCUUAAGGCACACUGGAAGUUCCUCAAGACUGUUGUCAACAAGCUAUUCGAGUUCAUGCACGAGACCCACGAGGGUGUGCAGGACAUGGCUUGCGAUACGUUCAUCAAGAUUGCAAACAAGUGCCGACGACACUUUGUUGCUCUUCAGCCUGGGGAAACCGAGCCAUUCAUUGACGAGAUCGUUCGUAACCUGAGGAAAAUUACUGCUGAUCUCUCGCCUCAACAAGUCCACACUUUUUACGAGGCCUGCGGUUACAUGAUCAGCGCGCAAGGACAGAAGAGCAUGCAGGAGCGUUUGAUUGCCGACUUGAUGGCUUUGCCAAACUCUGCCUGGGACAACAUUAUCGCUCAAGCUAAUCAAAACCCUGCGUGUCUCCAGGAUUCAGAAGUCAUCAAGAUUGUCGGUAAUAUUAUGAAGACGAACGUCGCAGCAUGCGGCUCAAUUGGAUCCUACUUUUACCCACAGAUCGGCCGGAUAUAUUUCGACAUGUUGACAAUGUACCGCGCGAGCUCACAGCUUAUCGACGAAGCUGUCCAACGAGAGGGUAAUAUUGCGACAAAGAUGCCCAAGGUCCGCGGACUUCGUACAAUCAAGAAGGAGAUCCUAAAACUCAUCAACACUUACGUUGAGAAGGCCGAUGACCUGGAGAUGAUCCACAACAACAUUGUACCGAAGCUGCUCGAAGCUGUUUUGAUCGACUACAAGAACAAUGUUCCCGAUGCUCGUGAGGCAGAAGUGUUGAACGUCAUGACGACGAUUAUCAACAAGCUACAUAGCAUGAUGGAGGAUCAAAUCAUCAACAUCAUGGAUAGCGUUUUCGAAUGCACUCUGGACAUGAUCAACAAGGACUUCUCGGAAUACCCAGAACACCGUGUCGAGUUCUUCAAGCUUUUGCGCACCAUCAACCUUCGCUGCUUCCCCGCUCUGCUGCGCCUCGAUGCACGAUCGUUCAAGUUCGUCAUUGACUCAUGCAUGUGGGCAAGCAAGCACGAUAACCGUGAGGUUGAGAGUGCUGGCCUUUCCAUGUGCUUCGAGCUGGUUUCCAACAUGGCCGAAACAGACCAGCAAACUUGCAACACCUUCUUCCAGACAUUCUUCACGACUAUCCUCCAGGACGUCUUCUUCGUGGUUACCGACAGCGAUCACAAGGCUGGUUUCAAGUCGCAGUCGAUGCUGCUGGCCAAGAUGUUCUGGCUCGUCGACUCAGACAAGCUGCAAGGUCCCAUCUACACGUCACCAGACAUGGCGCCAGCAGGCACACCGAACCGAGAGUUCCUGCGAAACUUUGUCGGCAACCUGUUAGCGACUGCCUUCCCCAACCUCCAGACUGCUCAAAUCGCAUCGUUUAUUGACGGACUUUUCGCGACCAACUCCGACCUCAACCGCUUCAAGGUCAUUCUGCGCGACUUCUUGAUUUCCUUGAAGGAGUUCUCUGGGGAUAACGCUGAGUUGUUCCUCGAGGAGCGUGAGCAGGCUGCGAAGACGGCGAAGGAACAAGAGCGUGAGCGAGCCAUGAAGGUCGGUGGUCUGUUGAAGCCUUCGGAGAUGGAUGACGAUGAGUUGUGA